AGGGGCCGGGAAGGGAGCCUUUCCAUGGGCCAUCUGUCUCCCCGCCAGCCGCCGCCCCGCCGCCGCCCGCGCCCCGCGCUCCGCCUCCCGCCCCGGCGGCUCCCGCAGCCCCGCCGCCGCCCGCGCCCGCGCCCGGGAGCCGCGCCACAAAGGGCCCGCGCGCAGCAGCCGCCGCCGCGCGAGGAGCCAGGAUGGUCCUGGUCCACGUCGGCUAUCUCGUGCUUCCAGUGUUUGGCUCUGUGCGAAACAGAGGUGCCCCCUUUCAAAGGUCUCAGCAUCCGCACGCUACCUCCUGCCGCCACUUCCACCUGGGCCCCCUGCAGCCGCAGCAGCUCGCGCCCGACUUCCCCCUGGCCCACCCCGUGCAGUCACAGCCGGGCCUCAGCGCCCACAUGGCCCCGGCCCACCAGCACAGCGGCGCCCUGCACCAGUCCCUGACCCCGCUGCCCGCCCUGCAGUUCCAGGAUGUCACAGGUCCCUCCUUCCUACCUCAGGCCCUGCACCAGCAAUACCUCCUGCAGCAGCAGCUCCUGGAAGCCCAGCACCGCAGGCUCGUCUCGCACCCCAGGCGGAGUCAGGAGCGCGUGUCUGUCCACACCCACCGACUCUACCCCAGCUUCGACUUCGGCCACCAACUCCAGACACCUCAGCCCAGGUAUCUGGCUGAGGGCACUGACUGGGAUCUCAGUGUGGACGCCAGCUUGAGCCCUGCUCAGUUCCAGGUGCGGCCCAUCCUUCAGCACUAUCAGCAUUACCUAGCGACGCCUCGAAUGCACCACUUUCCCAGAAACUCCUCCUCCACGCAGAUGGUUGUCCAUGAAAUCCGAAACUACCCUUACCCUCAGCUUCACUUCCUUGCUCUCCAGGGACUGAACCCCAGCAGACACAUCUCUGCUGUGCGGGAGAGCUAUGAGGAGCUGCUGCAGCUUGAGGACAGGUUGGGAAAUGUGACUCGAGGAGCUGUACAGAACACCAUUGAGAGGUUCACCUUCCCCCACAAGUACAAGAAGAGAAGACCCCAGAAUGGCAAGGGCAAGAAGGAAGAGGGGGAGGAGUCAGACACUGAUGAGAAAUGCACAAUUUGUCUGUCUAUGCUGGAGGAUGGAGAAGAUGUGAGGCGCCUACCCUGUAUGCACCUUUUUCACCAACUCUGCGUGGACCAGUGGCUCGCCAUGAGCAAGAAAUGCCCCAUCUGCCGGGUGGACAUUGAGACACAACUGGGAGCUGACAGCUGAGGAAGGAAUUAGCCAAUGGAUGCCCCAUUUUCCUUCACCAGGUCCCCCCACGGCCAUAGCCCUUGCAGCCAAACUUUGCCUUCUGAGCCAUUUGACGUAGAGGAAAAGCCUGCAAGCACAUUUUGUGGAAAGAGGAGUUGGUGGUAUCCGUGUCCAAGGGAAAGGAAGGGUGGGGGAGGACCCACCCAUCCAGAAUGGUGACUGUCCCCAUCUGCCUUGCUGCGCGGAAGGGAGGGAGCUGGCCGUGCCCAGAGCAGGGGUGGGAAGGGGGGGCCCAUGCUGCUGAGAAUCUAGACGUGAUCCUGAAGGUCCUAGCUGAUAGACCGGCCCCUCAAUCCUGCCCUCUGAAGGAUUGUAUAUAUACCUCUCGACCACGUAGAAACCAUGUAGGGGUCUCUAGCUAUUUCUGUGGAUGGCAGCCAGAGCAUGUUAGCUUAAGAAAAAUGUUGUGUGUGGUGCUCUAGUCAUCUUGUGGUGGACAUGUCGCUAUUACCGAAUUCGCACCAAAUAUUUCUCAUUGAGUUUCUUGUUUUGGUGCCUGACCGAAGCAACCAACGACAGCCCAAAUCUUCCCAUCUUUAAGAGAGAAAUGGGAAAAGGAAUCAGAAAUGAAAAAAAAA